GUUUGGAUAGAGUUAUUAGCUCCAGGAAGCUCCUCUGUGUGGAGCAGAACCAAAGCUUUAACCACCAGAGGUUGGUCCAGUGUGAACUGUCCGUCGUGUGUUUCGGUGACUCCGAUAUGACAACCGCUACUGGUCUUUCUGUUUUGUCAUAAGACCCGAGGACGAGGCGAGCCCAGCUUGGCCAGAACAGGAUGACUUUGACCAGAAUCCUGUUGUGUUUGCUCCUUUUCCCUUUUGUUUCAUCAGCCCAGGUGGCACCUCCGACCAACUUGUCCCUUACCUGCCGUAGCCAGAAGAACAUUUUGUACUGGGACUAUGACCAAAUUGUUCCUGGGCUCAGGUUCUUGGUCAAGAUCUUCUCCGAUUCAAACCUCAAAGGUUGCCGUAAUGAAAUUUGGGUGGACGGGCCUCCUCUACAAGCGAAUGUUUCGUUUCUGUCGGAUCCAGACGCUACGUACUUCCUCACAGUGAAGGCUGUGUUGGGGAAGAACGAGUCCGUUUCCUCGGAUGGACUCACAUUCAGCUAUUUCCACAGUUCUCUAGGAGGUCAAAAAUGUCUUUUGGACCUUCCGCCUGUUAACGUCACUCCCCAGCCACAUCACCAGAUCCAGUUCCAGUUCAAGCAUCCUUGGCUGGUGUAUAAGGAAGGGCUGUCGGGAUGUAAAGAACACAAGAAAAGAGUGUCGGAGUCCAAAUUACCAAAUUUUGAGUAUAAUGUCAAGAUGGCUGGCCAGGAGCAGGACCACACCUUUGUGUGUGAGGAUGCUGUGUGUGAGGAGAGGCUGCGAGUGGAUGCUGCGCAGGACCAACACUGUCUGAAAAUCCAGGGAUCGCUCAAAAAGAUGUUUGUGGAGUCCACAAUGGAGUACUGCGCCCUGAAAACUGAGCCGCCUCACAGUCACAUCACCCUCUAUACGUGGAUCAGCAUCGUCAUCCUAAUGGGAGCAGCUUUGGUCGCCUUCAUGGUUUACCGGAGAAGGACGUCGCCCUCCUCGGAUAUGCCUCGCCCUUUACGUUUCGGUUUCGGUGAUAAGAAGAAGCAUCCCCCCCUCAUGCCACCUGAUGACGUGGUCAGUCCUGUGGAGUCCAUCUCAGUCAGCUCUAAAGAGGAGGAUGAUCAAAGCUUCACUCCAUCCAUUCCUGGAUCCAAAGAGUAUGAAGUCCGCAUGAAGUUGAACCCUGAAGACCCGGAGAAGGGGAACGCAGCUGACGAUGAUACUGUUUACAUGGCAGGUGGUAACUUGGCCAGUGACAAUGAAGAGCAAGAAUCCGAUCAGGAGAGCCGCUCUCCUUAUGAGAGACGUUCAGUGGUGCUGGAGUUGGCCCCCGAGGAUCAUGCUGAGGGAUACCGAGGCUGAGUGAAACAAAAUACAUCCUAAUUAAUCGUUGAUCCAGAAGAAAACAAUAAUUUAUUAAAAACGAAGUAGUUCCCCAUCAGUUUGAGUUACAUUUUUGCCCUUGAGCCCUAAUCUUUAAAGUCUUUUUCACUGAGUGAAAAGUGGUGAAAAUAUGGAUCAUGUGAAGCCAUGAUCGCAGCUCUUUCACACUUAAUAGUGAUUAGCUAAACAUUGUCAUGCAGGGACAUCUGCUGCAUGAAGACUAGCAUUACCGUAUUAAAUCGCCUGCCAGCAAACAUAAACUCUUUGUACUUUUUUUUUUUAUACCUUUGUAUAGCUGUAGUUACUCAUUACAAUAAUAUUGUAGUUACAGUAAAUUAGAAUUCAAAGCAGCUUCCGCCUUAGUAGCUUUGUGAGUAAUUUUCUGUCUGCUGCUGAAACUAAGGGAUUUGUGCCAUUUUGUCAGGACGAUCUUAUAUUUUCUGCAUAAACCACCACUAGACGACUGGACUGAGAUGACAUUCUUUAAAGGAAAUGUGGUCACAUAUAUGUAAUUGUUCUGUACAUUUAAUGUGAGAUUGUGAUGGUGGAUUUCUUUGUGUAUUUGUCCUCUGUGUCUUCCUGUUGAGGGUAAAGUUUGAUAAAAUGUUGUGGAGCAGAGUCAAAGUGAAGGCCAUUAGGUCAUGCAGGGUUCAAUCAGUUUAGCUUUGUUAAAGCUGUGGCCUUUGGAGAUGAUGGUGGUUAAGUGCCUCUUUUCUUAUUAUCCAAUUGACAAAGCACUUUAUUCUCUUAUUAAUCAUUUCACUAUCUGAGGUUAUUUCUAGUGACGGGGCUUUUAACAACAGAACUAAUCUCUGUUUUUUUCUUCUUUUUUUUUUGCUAGAACAGAUAGAGGAAGGAGGAAACAUUGGUAUAAUAACUUAAAAUGACACUGUUGGUUAAAAACAAGUCAAAAAAGAAGAUUCAGAUCUGAUUCAAGGUUUGGGAAUCUACUCCUGCGAACUAAGGUUACAUGUCGGUAUUAUUGCUGAAUAUUGUGAUGGCUGUUACAAUAAAUCCCUUUUUAUUCUUUUGAUUUCAGCGUCCUCACCGCUUGACGCUCAGCUGUGAGCGUCAAGGACAGUUGUGGUCCAUUCAGCAGGCCAAAUAUAUUAUUAGCACAUAGAGCAUGAAUGCAAAAAAACCACAGAAAUAAUAUCAUACAUAAUAUUGCAUCCAAGCGGUCCUUUGCAAUUCUGUAUAAUGUGCGGCUCCUCUGUGAACUGAACGAUUUCUCAACAGGCGGCUGAACAGGGAAGCGUCUCUGUUCUAAUAAUCUGUAACCGUUAUCGGGUGCAACGAGUAAAAGUUUUAUAAAUGUCAAGGUGUUUUAAAGAAUCUCUGUUCUGUGUAGGUUCAGGUUUGCUAAUUUGAAGUAUUUUAGAUGUUCAACUCUAGAUCAUGAAAGCUGCCCAGAUUCCUUUAAAAACUGUGAAAUAGCCCUUUAGUUUAUUGCCACUAAUAUAGAAAGUACCAAAGCUGAUUCUAAACAUAGCGCUGUUGGCAGCUAGCAGUUUACCGACGUUUGAGCACCUUCUCCCUCCCUCAAGUUUUACAUUCAGAGUGAACAAUAUUCACACUCUUCUGUGUUGAAGCUGUUUUAGCUCAUGGUUUAGAUUUCUAUUUUUCUUGUGGCUGAUGAUGCGACAAGGAGCGUCGCCUUUUCUCACAACUUGGUUUUGUUUUCCCAAUCAAGUUUCAGAAGGAGCAUGCAUGCACUCCAACAACGGCUGAAUUUUGAUUUUCUAUGCCCUCACUUCUUGAGAAACUCGAGUGCUUUAUUGAUCUUAUUUUUUUACUGUUUUGGACGUUUCUUUAUCUAAGUGAGUCUGGAAGUUUCUGCUGGAAAAUAAAUGUGAGACAAAGGAGACCAGAGAUGUUGAGAGAACUUUCAGAACAGGGAUUUAGAUCAAAGAAAUGUUCUUUUUAAUUUAAUUUUUAAUUUUGUUUUUUUACAUCUGUGUUCUGAGUCAUACAGAAAAACACUCAAAACCCAGAUUAUAUGUGACAGAUUUAGCAGAGCUCUGAAAAUCCAGCAAGGUAUUGUAAUUAUUGGACUUUAUGUACCUAAUCUACAGGGUUCAUUAGACCUCAGCAGAAAUGUCACAAAUCCAGGGCUGACAUAAUGUAAAAGGUCUCUUACAUUCAGUUCGAGGUUACAGGUAAAGAUUUCUAUUAACUUUGGUUAAAAACAUGUCUUUGAAUAAUGCCGAGCGUUGCUGUGUCCUCUGACAUCUAAACAAAACGUUUGCUGCUAAAUCACAGAAAACAUUUAGAUCAGUUUGACUGUUAAACCAACCAGCGGAGCGAUACCUCUUCAGAGCACUACUUCAGGGUUGCACGUUAGCCGAGCAGCUGAACGUUGACUGUCCUCCACGUCUUCGCCGCAUAAAAUGCUUGUUUGCUCAGAAGUUGAAACUCAGAUCGUUGCCCACACGUUUCAACUUGCUGUUUAAUCACCUUCUCUCUCUGGUUUUAUUCACAUUUCAGUUUUUCACACUCUUUUUUUCCCUUCAUGUUUUAAUAAAAACAAUCUUAGUGUGCAGAAUCUCAUUUGUAAUUACCUCUGAAUCUUUCCACUCAUGAAGGAAGUUGGCAUUUCUGUAAAGCGGGCUUCCAGGUUACUGUGUUACAGACAGGUGGUGCUGGUCGAAGUGGCUCAUCACUCACGUCAUUCUCUGUUUUAUGGGAAGAAACGAGGCUCCCAUUACAGGUCGUGACAUUUGAUCGCUCCACGCUGUUCGUUCCUCUUAACCUAUGUGACGGGGAAGACGUUUUGUAGGUGUUUCCUUCCUUUUUGGUUGUGUGCCUGUUGGAGGGCCCUUGUUUUUGCUUCCUGAACUCAUUGCCUGUGUAAUUUUCCAUUGUUGGUUAUCUGGGGAGAGUUUCUUGUAAUUUGCUUCAGUAUUUAACAGCCUGCUUUGUUGUUGAUCCACCAUUACAGAUCAUUAAAAUAAACGGUUAAAAUGUGAA